AUAUGUCGACGAAGCUUCUACUAUCUGUACUACUUCUUCCGGCUUCUACACUUGCUCUUAUCGGCCGAGAUCAAAGUGCAGGAGUAGAAGGAAUAUUGAUGUGUGGUACUGGUCCAGCAAAAGACGUUCUUGUUAAACUUUAUGACGAUGAUUCAGGAAUUGAUACAGAUGAUUUGAUGGCUGAAGGAACAACUGAUUCUAAAGGGUAUUUCAGAGUUGUUGGUUACACAGAUGAGAUAACGAACAUUGAUGUAAAGCUAAACAUUUAUCAUGACUGCGACGACGGAUUAACACCUUGCCAACGAAAAAUAACGAUAUGGGUACCUGAUCGAUAUGUUUCAUCUGGAAAAACACCGACAAGAAUUUAUAAUAUUGGAACCUAUGAUUUAUCGUUAAAGGUGAAGAACGUGACUCUAAUCGGCAGAACACAGAGUGCUGGAGUCCGGGGUUACUUGAUGUGUGGCAACAAACCUGCUGCAAACGUACUGGUUAAGCUAUAUGAUGAUGAUCGAGGAGUGGAUGCAGAUGAUUUGAUGGCAGAAGGUAGAACUGAUUCACGUGGACAUUUUCAACUUCAGGGUCAUACUGAUGAAUUUACAAAGAUUGAUCCGAAGUUAAACAUCUAUCAUGACUGUGAAAACACCAAUGCACUUUGUAAACGUAAAGUCACGUUUUGGAUCCCAGAUGAUUACAUUUCUUCCGGUGAGACUCCAUCAAAAAUCUAUGACGUAGGUUCAAUAAAUUUGGCUCUAAAAUAUGACGGCGAAACACAUGACUGUCUUCAUUAAUC